AUGGGCGAGGACGGGUGGGCCGACGAGGGGGGUCCGUACCCGGAGCUGUGCGUCUUCGACCUGGACGCUUGCUUGUGGGACAAGGAGAUGUUCGAGAUGCAAGCGAUUCCUGGCGAGUCGGAUAAGGUGGUUGGAGACCUGAACGGCAGGGGCGAGGGCGUCAUCGGAGUGAUGAGCGGCUUCGACAGGAUCUCGCUUCAUGCCGGGUCCCUGGUCGCCCUCCAGGGUCACGCCGACGGCAGGUACCCGGGCAUGAAGAUCGCCGUGGCGAGCAGCGCGGACACCCCCUUCGCCGAGAAGGUCGGCCGCGCCUCGCUGGCGCUGCUGGAGGUGCUGCCAGGGCUCACGGUGUGGGACAUGCUGCUGAGGGACUGGGACGGGCGCGACGUCAACCAGAUCGGUCGGCAGCCCCCGCUGUCGUCCAACAAGUCGGCGACCCACUUCCCUCGCCUGAAGGCCGCCACGGGCGUCGGCUUCGACAAAUGCUCUUCUUCGACGACUGCCUCUGGGGCGACCACUGCGGCAUGGUGGCCGCGAACUGCAGGGAGGCGAGCGGACGAGGCCCCGUCACCGUGAGGAACGCCCUCUGGCCUCGGCGAGACGCAGUGGCGCCUCGGCCUCAGCGAGUACGCCAAGGCAUGGGCGGGCUGAUGCCGGCAUCGGACAUCGGAAGUCGGCGCUCCACUCCACGCUCACAGGGGGGCGGAGGGAGGGAAGGCUCGUAGGAGGAAAAGAUACCGACACCGCUGCUCGUCCCGGAGAGUCCUCGUCGCCACGGCUGGAUCCUCCUCGAACUUUUGGUCAGAAUGCACCCCGCGAGAGGCCCGGGGAGUGGCGGUAUCGGAGUUCCCUUUGUGUCCCGUCCGUGGAGGAGCAGGCUCCGAUACCGCUGCCCUUCCC